UUUUUCUUCUCUCUCUCAAUGGAGAUUGGGAAACUGAUUGUGAUUUUUGUCAAUGAUCUGUUGGAGAUGAUUGAUUCGAUUUUUGGUGACCUUCGUCUGUUCUUGGCCUUUAGCUCAGCAUCUCUACCGAUGGUGGAUCGCAACGGUGACUCUCGGUGAGGUAACCGAUGACUUGGUUGGAUGAAAUCGGAUCCCACCAAAUCGGAUCCUUUCCUUCACCAAUUCGGAGAUGUUCAAACACCACGACGGUGGCGAUGGCGUCCCUCAACAUGUCAAUAGCCCUCGCUUCUCUGUUCCCAUGACCUGCCUUGCUCAAUCCUUCAAAUGCGGCGGUUCUGAAGGUUCUAGUCACGUCGGUGUCAGUGGUGGUGGUGUUGUCGAUUCUGCUGUUAAUAGGAAGCAUCAGACGUAUAGUCAGUUGAGGCAGAGAGUUGUGAAAGGCCUGUUGAGGAAGCCGACGGGAUCCGUCGUUUCGGAUUUUAGUUUUUAGGAGAGGAAGAAACUUGGCCGUUGGAUGUUUUUUGCUUUAUGUGGUGUCUGUUUGUUUAUGGGUGUUUUCAAGAUUUGUGCUACUGGUUGGCUUGGAUCUGCUAUUGAUGGCGUAGCUUCUGAUCAGGAUUUAACCAACUCAAUCCCCCGAGUAAAUCUACUUGAUCAUAGCUCCCAUGAUUAUAUCUAUAAAGAUGGAGGGAAUAAUGUUGAUCCUACUUUGGUUAUGGUUACUUCUGACGUGGUGGGUGACCAAAACAGUGUAGUUGAAGUAAGUUUUAUCUCUGCUAUCAUCUUUUCUUCCACUGAUUCAUUCCCUACACUCGUGAAUCUUGCUCUAAAGCUUUCUACUGAAAUCUUGCUCUACUCUUCACUCAGUACUCAGGUGUUUGGGCAAAACCUCUACCAUAGUCACGAUAGGUGACUUUCAGUUGGUUUUAUUAACUUCUCUUUAGCUGAUUUCAUUGUAUCACCGAGUUUGCAGUGGCUUUAAAGAUUUAUUUGAUUGGCAACACUUCAUUGAGGAGUUGAAGGAUGAUAUUCAAUGAUGAUCUUUUUUUUUUUCAAAACUAAGAACCUUACUUAUAAGGGCAACCCCAAUGGGGGGAUAUAUUUUAGGGCCUCUUAAGAUUGUUUAUUAAUAUAUUUUGUAGUUUGAGUAGAUUAAGAACUUUGUGAUUGUUAAUUAAAAGUUUACCUCCCAAUGGUGGGUUCUUA